CAAUUCCUAUUACAAAAGUAAUUGAAAUGGUUCAUUGGAAAAAACAAAUGUUCUAUUUAGUAGUCAUAAAGAAAUAGUCAACACGCAAAGCAUUCGAUUUUAUCAAAUCACUAAAAUAAUGAUGUCAUUGAAAAAUAAUUCAACUUGUUUUGCAAAAUAAUGCGAUUUUGUGUAAGGCAGGACCAAGCUCAAAUAAUGUAAAUUACUAAAUUCGUUGAUAUACUUGUGUUAAAAACGUUAAAUAGUGGAUAUGAAAACUUUUUCUUUAUAUCUAACCAUAUGUUUUAGCUUUUAUCACCACAUUCGGAUGGAGCAGCAAUUUGGGGCAAAUGUCCUUUUGAAUCAUAACUUAGCCUCCGGAUAUUGUUUGAAACACCUGAUAAAGACAAGUUAUUCGGAGUGUUAUGCACAUUUUGAAAGUGGAAAUGUUAGUUUCAAUGCAAUGGUUUACAGGAGGUCGUUUUUACUUUGCAGUUUGUGCUAUGUGUCUUCGAAUUUUAGUGUAAGGAAAGAGCCCGGAUUUGUUUUAGUUCAUACCCCUAUUUCAGACACAUCGGCGGAGAAUUUGGCGCUAAAUAAACCAACAAAUCAAAGUUCAACAUAUUACACAUCUGAAUAUGGUAACGCCUCCUCCUUUCUUGCUGUUGACGGAAAGAGGCAGACUGCAAUGAUACAACCUAAUGGGUACGCAUGUGCCCAAACAGUCGGUCAGACUUCUGGGGAUCAGUGGUGGAUCGUGGAUUUGGGAGAAAUUUAUUCCGUUUCAAAGGUUGUGAUUUAUAACCGGAACGACGCCUGUUGUGACCAUUGGCUCAAAGAACUUUAUAUAACAGUUGGAGAAAGCGAGAAGAGUAUGCAUUUGUGUAAUCAUUACCCGGGACCCCCUGGAGAGACGGAGCCUAGUGUGACAAUAAUGUGUCAGCAGCCGUUGUUAGGAAAAUUUGUACAAAUUUCUAAAACAAUCGAUGAAGGAAUGGCAUUUUGCGAAGUGGAAGUUUAUCAUUAGUUUACAUUUAUAUGCAUGAAGUUAGACAAAUGUUGCUUUUUUAUUUUCAUAAUUUUCGUCAAAAUCUCCCUGCAUAAAACGUCUUUCUGAACAUGCGAAACAUUUCUCACUCUUUUGAGUGCUUGAUGUAUGGACAAAUUUAUUAAAUUCACUGUUAAAACGCUUGUUUAUCAAAGUGAAAUAUUACUAUAGUUUGCGCAUUUUGAAAACAGCAUAAAAAAUACUAAUGUUAUCAAUACUUCGUUGAUGGGACACAAGUGAAACCGGGUGUACUGUAACUUAAGCUAUCAAUGAUGAAGUAUAUUUUCAAAAACUCUACUGAUGAUUUCGUAUUCUUUUUAAUUUUUUUUUUGCCGUUUCUUAAUCAGAUUAACGUGCAUUGUGUAAGAAAAUAUUUCACUGUAUUUUAUGUAGAUUGAGAUAUUAUCGGUAUAUCUUGAUUACUCAAGAUAUACACGAUGACCUCCAAUUGUGUUUUAUGCCCAGUGAAUGAGUAAAUAUUGCAGUGUCAUAUUCUAGAUUAUGUUCUAUGUACUGGGCUUGAUUUUAUUUCUUUGGCAAUAAAUCUAGGGAUGUCAUCCUUUGAAACUGUAGAUUAAUCUCUUGCAAGUUCUAGAAUUAAUGUAUAUACAACAAGUGCAGCUCAAGGGCGUAAUAUGCCUCUGCUCUGAAAAAUAUCAGUUUUGUAAAGUGUAAA